AUGACUUGUAUAAGCACCGGAAGCUGUUUGUGUGGCGCAUGUGCCUACUCCUACACCGGAGAGCCAACUGUCAGGGCCAUCUGCCAUUGCCCUCCCUGCCGCAAAAUCUCCGGCGGAACCAACACAGUCAACUUUGUUGUCCCUGAAGGAAGCUUCGCCCUCAUUAGAGGAAGUCCCAAACGCUUCUCGACCGAGCAUGAGUAUGGAAUGGUACUCUCGGUGUUCUUCUGCCCUGACUGCGGGAAUACAUUGUGGAAGGAGGCUAGCGGGAGUGGCUUUAAGGGAUUCAAGCGGGUCCAGGCAGGGACGUUGUCGGAAUCCUCGAAGCUAAACGAGAAAAUUGAUAUGGAAUUCUAUGCGGCGGCGAGGGCGACAUGGCUGGUUCGUCUUCCUGACGCUGCGCAAAAGGAGCAGUUCUAG